AUGUCGGCCAACACCAAUGGAAGCAAAUCCGAGACCUCGCGUCUCAAAGACCCAUCGCUCUUCAUCACCCAGUGCGUGAUCGGCUCAUCGCGUGUCGACUCGCACUCGGGCAAGCGAUUCGAUGUCGUCUACCCGGGCGAUCGCAGCGUGGUGGUAGCAUCGAUCCCCGAAUGUAACGCGCAGGAUGUGGACGACGCCGUAGCCUCGUGCCACGCCACAUUCAACGAGUUCAAGAACACCACCGCGCGCCAGCGCUCCGACAUGCUUCGGAAGCUCAACGACCUCACCCUCGCCAACAUCGACGAUCUGGCCACGCUCAUCGUGCGCGAGAACGGCAAGACACGCGCCGAGGCCGAAGCCGAGGUCAAGUACGCCGCGAGCUUCUUGGCGUGGUUUGCCAACAUGGCCGAAACGGGUGCACAGGGCGAGACGAUCUCGGCAGCCAACCCUGCGAUGCGCGUGCACACCAUUCGGCAGCCGAUUGGAGUGGUGGCGUGCUUGCUGCCGUGGAACUUGCCGCUGGCCAUGGCGACGAGGAAGAUCGGCCCUGCACUCGCAGCAGGAUGCACGUGCGUGGUCAAGCCUGCGGGAGAAACGCCCCUGAGCACACUGGCGUUUGCAGAGCUCGUAAAGCGAGCAGGCUAUCCGGAUGGAUGCGUCAAUGUGGUGACCACGCUCGACAACGUGGCCGAAGUGGGCAAGGCGAUUUGCGAGCACAAGCAUGUGCGCAAGGUUUCGCUCACCGGUUCCACACGUGUGGGCAAGCUCAUCGCAGCCCAGAGCGCCGGCACACUCAAGAAGCUCAGUAUGGAACUGGGCGGUAAUUCGCCCGUCAUCGUGAUGGAUGAUGCCGACCUGGACAAGGCCAUCACCGGCGUGCUUCUCGCCAAGCUGCGUACGUCGGGACAGACCUGUGUGGCCGCCAACCGCAUCCUGGUUCAAUCCGGUAUCCACGACGAGUUCCUCUCGCGCCUAGCGGCCAAGAUCAAGACGUACAAACAGGGCGAUGGCGAAGAUCCCUCGACCCUCCUGGGGCCUCUGAUCACCGAUCGUGCCGUUGAAAAGUGUCGAUCGCACGUGGCAGAUGCUCUCUCCAAAGGCGCACAGCUGUACUACGGUCCUCCUCCUCCCGAUUCCCUCCCCACCGAGGGCGGAUUCUUCUACCCACCCACCAUCCUCACGGGUCUCAAGGACGACAUGCAAAUCUGCUCGGAAGAAACCUUCGGCCCCGUUGCAGCCAUCCGAAAAUUCUCGACCGAGCAGGAAGCGGUUGAGCUUGCCAACGACUCGGACGUGGGCCUGGGUGCGUACGUCUACACCAACGACCUGCGCAUCGCAGCCCGUAUGUCGUCCGCCAUCGAAACGGGCAUGAUCGGAAUCAACACCGGCAUGCUCAGCGCAUGCGAGUCGCCCUUCGGAGGAGUCAAAGAGAGCGGAUACGGAAAAGAAGGCUCCAUCCAUGGAAUGGCCGAAUACCAAAUUCUGAAAACCAUCACCACCGACGUCUCGGGCUAG